AUGUCGGAUUCCGACACCAAGGUUGAGGCCACUACUGCCUCGGCAGUUUCCCCUAUAGCGUCUUCCGAUGUGGACGAAAACUAUGAAUUCUUCAUUCAGCACAGGGGUUUGGAAUACACCCCGGAAGAAGAAAAGAAAGUUUUACGAAAAAUUGACUUGCACUUGAUUCCGAUGUUAUUCUUCAUCUAUCUAUUACAGUAUCUGGACAAAAAUAGCAUCAACUUUGCUUCAGUGUACGGUCUCAAGACAGGAACUAAACUUACAGGCUCGGAUUAUUCAUGGCUCAGCUCAAUAUUCUACUUCGGCUACCUGAUCGCGCAAUACCCAGCCGGACUGGCGAUGCAAAAGCUACCGGUCGGAAAAUUCUUAGCAAGCACAACAGUCGUAUGGGGAGGUCUCCUUAUGACAACGCCAGCAUGCCACAACUUCGCUGGGAUCGCGUCCAACAGAUUCCUCCUCGGCAUGGUAGAAGCAGUCGUCAAUCCGGGCUUUGUGCUCUUGAUGAGUAUGUGGUAUAAGUCGCGAGAGCAGCCUCUUCGCUUGGAAGCGUACUACUGUACCAAUGGAAUUGCAACCAUGUUCGGCGGACUUCUCGGUUACGCCAUUGGACAUAUCACCACCGGGCUACCGAAGUGGAUGUAUGUUUUCCUAAUCUUCGGUGCCAUUUCCCUCGUUAUCGGCAUCCUUGCAUUUUGGCUCCUUCCCGAUCUCCCCUCAACAGCCAGAUUCCUGAAUGAGCGCGAGCGGGCCAUCGCCCUCGAUCGCAUCGCGGGAAAUAGGCAGGGUGUGAAGAACCACCAGUUCAAGUGGGAUCAGGUGUGGCAGGCGGCGCGUGAUCCCAAGACUUGGCUUCUGUUCAUUAUGGCCAUUGGUGCACAGGUGCCCAAUUCGGCAUUGACCAGUUUCACAUCCAUCAUCGUUGAGUCCUUCGGCUUCGACACACUCGGAACCCAGUACCUCCAAAUUCCCGGCGGUGCGGUUAACUUCCUCACGCUUAUUAUCGGUGGCUGGAUUGCGACAAAAUACCAUGGAAAGUUCCAUUCCCGCAGUAUGUGCAUGAUUGUUGCGAAUCUUACAUGCAUUCUUGGAUCCGGACUCCUGGUCGGUCUACCGAGCUCCAAUAAAUGGGGCAGAUUGGUUGCUUUGUGGCUGUGCUAUUUCCAGGGACUGGGAUUCAGCAUGGGCUUGACUAUUAUCAGUUCGAAUAUUGCGGGAUACACCAAGAAACAAGUUACCGGUGCUUUGCUGUUCACUGGUUACUGUGUUGGAAAUAUUAUUGGGCCUCAGACUUUCAUUGCGAGCGAGGCUCCGGGAUAUCACAGUGCUUAUAUUGCGAUGCUUGCUGGAUAUUCGGUCAAGUUGGUUUCCAUUGUUGCGCUGUACUUGUACAUGUACUUGGAGAAUAAGCGACGGGAUCGCUUAGCAGCUGAGAAUGGGGGCUCAGAAGAUGAUGGCAUCGAGGCAGGAAUGAUGGACCGAACGGAAAUCGACAACAAAAACUUUCGCUAUGUGCUAUAA